AUGGCAACACUUGCACCAUUCACCACAGCGCAUCGGCGCUACGUGCAAUCCUUGUAUCGACGAAUAUUAACAAAUGAGCUGAACUGGACGGUCAGCCGCGAUCUCUGGAGAGGGAAGGCCAUUGCUGUCCGCGCGGAGUUUGAGAGGAACAGGAAUGUGCAUGACCCGCGAGAGCUUGCUGCACUUUUCGACAAAGCAGAGGCGGACCUCGCUGAAAGACUCCACCCGGAUCCCUACAGACCCGCCGAGGCUGUCGACGGCACGAAAUGGGAGCGCAACGUGCCGCCACCAUUGGGACCUGUAUUCGAGCACGAGAAGUUCAACGAGGACCAUGGGCGGGGUCACCAUCAUUAA